CGUACACUUAAAUACAUCAUAUAUUUCUCUGUAAUGGUUGACCAGACUUAAUUUAAGAUAUAAGAAUAAGCAUAAAAGAAUACAAUGAUUUCCGUACUACGUGAAAACAUGGAGGACAUUCGCAUUGGAAAGAUCGACGACUGUGACACAGAUAUGAGAAAAACUGGUCAAGAAAUGGAUGUGAUUAGACAAAGGACUGUGGCGUACGAGUACCUUUGCCGGCUGGAGGAAGCCAAGACAUGGAUGGAAGCAUGUUUGAAAGAGAAAUUACCUCCGACUACUGAGUUCGAGGAAAACCUGCGCAAUGGUGUAUAUUUAGCCAAAUUGGGGAAUUUUAUUGCACCUGAAUCACUCCCCCUGAAGAAAAUUUAUGACAUUGAUCAGAGGCGUUAUAAGGUUAUGGGUUUGCAGUUUAAACACACAGACAAUAUAAAUAUGUUCCUGCAAGUUUUAAGAAAAACUGAACUUCCUGUUACGUUCCAACCUGAAACAACAGACAUCUACGAUAAAAAGAACAUCCCACGGUUAAUAUACUGCAUACAUGCGUUAAGUACCCAUUUGUUCAAACUUGGGAAAGCACCUCUCAUUCAAGAUGUGUAUGGAAAAGCUGUAUUUACAGAUGAAGAACUUGACACAGUCUCCAAAGACCUACAAAGAUGUGAGCAUCCAAUGCCUAUGUUUCAAAAAAUCAAUGGUAUAUUAUCAAAAAAUAAUGUAGAUGACAACCAAGGCAUACAUAAAGCUGUAAUCGAACUAAAUAAACUGUUGGACAGUCAUAAACCAAUAACUUCUGCCUUAUUGAAUCCACAACUCAAGUUAAAAUAUGUUCAAAAUCGUCUUAUGGAUGAAUAUAAAAAGGUAUUGAAGGCUGCUAAACAUGAAAAAUUGCAGGCCGCCCAUAACCACUCCCUCAAUGAUAGUUAUAUCCCUGACGAGUAUGAUGAAGUGCUUACCAUUGUAGAAAUACAAGGACAUAUAACUGCCACCAAUUACAAAUUUCUUUGGAAGAAACUGUGCUCCACUUCAGACGAUAACGACAUUAAUAACUUGCAUAAGAUCUUCAGUGAAUCUUGGGUAAAAGUAAAGGACUAUAAGCCAGAAAACUUGGAUUUUUACUGUGAUGUUGUGAAAGAAAUAAUUGAAAGUAAUAAAGAUGUCGAAGUUGAAAGCAUCACUAAUUGGCACAAAAUAUUUCAAAAUGUAAUUAAUGAAGGUAAUCGAAAAUCAAUUGAACAUGGAGAUCAUAAAACUGCUAUAGCUAAAGUUAAUAAUGCUUUGGAUGAGGGCAACUGUGAAGACUUGUAUAAAGCAUUGACAAAUCCUAAUCUAGAACUGAAUAUAAAGGUAGAUAAGUAUGCCAUACCACUGAUGUUUGAAGAAAUGAAGCUGGAGAAGUUUGAACUCGAGAAAAACUUGAACGAGAGUGAAAUAGCCGCAUCCGUGUCGUAUUUGACUGCAAUUGCGGCAGUUUCUCAGUCUGUGGAGAGGGGGGACGAGUCUGCUCUUUGGAAGACAUUGACUUUGAAGCAGGUGCACCUCGAGGGGCUGCGGCCGCACUGCCGCCGCCGCUACCUGUCGGCGCUCAUGACCGCGCUGCAGGUCAAAGUGAGGGAACAGUGCGCUUGCCCAUUACUGACGCUAGAGGACAUAAGAGACACUAUUGAAAUGGUCAAUUUGGAGGAUGACGACAAUGAAGAAUUAGUGGCAGUAAUUGAGAGAAUUAACAAAACAGUAUCUGAUGACAAUGUGGAGGCACUUAUGCCUCUUCUAAAAAGUGCUUAUUUGAAGAUACCGGCUCCUUUACAUAAAGAGGAGAAACAUCUAUAUUUAAGAAUGUUGAAGAAAAAGUACAUGCAUAAAGAUUCACGAAAUCUUUGGCUUGAUGACAUUGUCGAUACUAUCUAUGAAGUGAAUGAUGAAUCUUCAAAGGUGAAAGACUUGACUGAUACUUUAGUUCAGUUAAACUCAGCAGUCUUGAAAAAUAAUGUUGAUGAAUUUUGGGAGGCUCUGUUAUCGCCUAUUUUCUCUAAUUUGAUGGUAGACAGCGCAUGUAAGAAUGUGUAUUUUCAGACGUUUACUAAGGCAUUGAAGAAACGCGGGCACUAUAUCUGCCCUUGGAUAGUGUGUCACACAGAUGCAGGGAAUACUGUUUACAUAGACAUAGAGUCUUAAUACAGCUGGACCACUCCGAAAGAUUUUGUACCGUACGCGCGCUACUUCAGCCGAAAGGAUGUAAAAAGCCUUGUAGACAAAACAAAUAAACAUCAUAUCAAUAAAUACAAACAAGUCAUCAUAGAAAAAUCAAUCGUAACACUUCAGGCAUAUUGCCGAGGGUAUUUGUUCAGGAAGAAUUUACACCAGAGGUUCAACUUAUUCAAGGAUAACGAAAUAUUUAUUAUCAAAAUACAAGCGUGGUGGAGAAGUAAAAUUAUUCAAAGAAAGUAUAGGACAAUGAUUAAACUGAAGACUAUUGAGGCUAAAUUGCGGAAAGAACGAAAACAAAAUCCUAUGGCUUGGUAUAAAAUUCAGGAGCAUAAAAUAAUAAAGAUUCAAGCUCUGUGGAGAGGUCGCAGAGCUCGACAGGCGUUUGCCUCAUUAUUCCACUCUCCCAACCCACAACUGAAGGUAGUCAAGAGAUUCAUUCCCUUAUUAGACUUUUCGACGGAAGACUACGACCGAGAGAUCGAACUCCAAAGUUUAAAAGCUGAAGUUGUACAGUCUAUCAGGAAAAAUCAAGAGCUGUCCAAGCAAAUUGACGACAUGGAUUUAAAAAUAGGUCUCCUAGUCCAAAAUAGGAUUGCGCUACAAGAAGUAGCCGCGCAUGGAUUGAAACUUAACAACUUGGUGAAACACAAUUCCAUGACUAAACUUGUUUUACAAAAUCAGGGCAAAGGCACUCUGAUGACGGUUUCCUCUGCUGUUAAAGGCUUGAAAUCUCUUACAAAAGAAUGUAAAAGACUUUUAGAUGGCUACCAACAUUUGUUUUAUGAGUUACAAACGAACCCCACCUAUCUGUCCAAACUACUUUUUUGUAUACCUCAAAACAAGACAAAUUUCUUUGUGCAGAAUGUUGUUCUGAGUCUUUAUAAUUUCGGGGCGUACCCUAGAGACGAAUAUUUGCUGCUCAAGUUGUUUAGAUUUACUUUGGAGGAAGAAAUAAGCUGCAAAGUCGUGAAACCCUUUGAUAUAAUAGCCUCGACGCCACUGGUGCUCAAGAUGGCAGUGGGCCUAUCUAGACAAUUAUCUGGAUUAAAUAGCCUACAAACUAUUAUUGGUCCCCUUGUUGAAAGGAUGCUGAAGGAUAAGGAUUUGAACAUAGAAACUGGGCCUGUAGAGAUUUAUAAAGCGUGGAGGAAUGAAACAGAAAUGAAGACUGGUGAAAUCUCGAAGCUGCCUUACACGGUAACUCAAGAAGAAGCCCUAACAUAUCCUGAAGUCAAAACUCGUCUUGAAAGUGCCCUUACCCAACUGAAAUCGAUUGUGACAAUGUUCUUGGACAAAAUAACCAACUCCACCGAACUCCUGCCUUUCUGUAUUACCUACAUGGCCCGAGUUCUACACAGAUCUUUGACCUCUAAGUUUCCUCAUACUCCUGAGAAAGAUAUUCUGAAGGUAAUUGGAAAUUUGGUGUACUACCAAUUCCUCAACGCAGCAAUAGUGGCGCCUGACGCGUUUCACAUCAUCAACAUGCCGAACGGAGCCGGCCUCACUACGGAUCAGCGGAAGAACUUGGCAUCGGUUGCGAAGAUACUACACUUUUCGGCUGCCAAGAAAGGGUUCGGCGCAGAAUCCAGCCACCUCCGUUGCCUGAACCCUUUCAUCGUGCACUGCCACGAGAGGAUGAAGGAGGUGUUCCGCCGCUGCUGCCGUGGGCCUACGCUCGAAGAGUACUUCAUGGUGGACGAGUACACUGAGGCCACAUUGCUACAUAACCCGCAUAUUUAUAUUACAGUCCAGGAGAUCGUAGACACACACGCCCUACUCAUCGAGUACCAGGACGUGUUGGCGCCGGACCCUCGCGACCGCCUCAACGAGCUGCUGGACGACCUCGGCGACGUGCCGUCCGUCGCACAACUCGCGUCCCGGGACGUCGACUCGCAACUUGGUGACUCCGUGGAAGAAAAUGCGAGGUUGGAAGUGUGUCUAGCGCUCGUCAAUAAGUUCCAAGCCCCGGCAGACGACAUGACUGAUCUGAACAAGCUGUUCAUCAAAACCAAAGAAUUAUGCGUCGCUGUCAUACCGUUCCUGAAUGGUGAACAUUUACUAGAAGCCGUAUGCAUCGGCACGACCCAAGAACAACAAGAACAAUACGCAGCGAAAGUGAAAAGACGCAUUUAUUCCGGCCAAGCGCGGCCCGACGACGCCAUGACUCUACGAGAACAUAUCGCUAAACUACGCAAGAACUUACAAAUGCUCGAGGAUGAAGGCUACGUGACUCGCGAAGAUGGGUACCAAGCUUUAGUGACGUCUAUAGCCCUAGAUCUAUGUAAUAAGGGCAAGUACAGACAAGCGCAAAGAAGGGCCUUGGCGACACUUACGCGCACUAAACAAAGCUUGUACGAGAAAACUAAAUAUUAUGAGGAAAAAUGUAAAUCUUAUGACGAGUACAUCAGGUCGUGUCUCGCAAAUCUUCACGCUGGUAAAAGGAGUGUCCACGCUUGUCUAAGAAGAUCCGGAAAAGACAUCCAAAAGUUAAAAUCGAAGCUAACAAUCAAAUAUUCAGGUGCCAAGUUAUUGGAGCGCGGAGUCCUACUAGAAAUCGACGGCUUGCCGCCUUCUCAGUUCAAAAACGUACAAUUCGAAAUAACGCCCACCGACCACAAUGGAGUAUUCACGGUAAAAGGAAAAUUCAUGGGAGUAGAAAUGGAGUCCAUUGAAGUAGACAUACAAGAUUUACUACAAAAACAGUAUGAGGGUUGUGCGGUUAUGGAUAUGUUCGGGAAAGCUAAGAUCAAUGUGAAUCUUCUAAUAUUCUUACUGAAUAGCAAGUUCUAUGGUAAAUCUUAAAUUUUAGAAUUAAUGAGAUAAUAAUAAUGAGUUAAUGACGUGAUACUUAUAUUUUGAUCGUAUUCAUCAUGACAUGAUUUAAUCACAUUUAAUUAUUUUCAUCACAUUAAUGAAUUAUCACAUUUUUAAUUUCUAGUUAUAUUGUACCUGUGUUAGAAUUUAUAAGCUUGUUUUUAUUGUUUAUCAUUGGUUAAGUGAUCAAAUCGUAAGCGCAGAGAAAAUUUACAGCCUGUGCUUUUAAACACUGAUCACAUGUUUUACCCUAAAUAAUAAUAAAUCGUUUCUUUUAAUCACGUGGGACAACGCUAAGACUUUAGUGGCAUAGUAUUACUCUGCCAUCGCGUACAUCGUUCAUGACAUGUCGUUAGCCAAAGGUGAAGCGACAUCUCGCGUGCGGCGGUAAUAGUACGAGUACGAUGUUGUGGUUUUCCAUAUCGUUGUCCAAAACUCCGAUACGCAACGAAUCGCGUCUACUUACAACAAAAAUCCAUGUAGGGGUAUGGCGCCGCGCACCGGUUUUUUGUUCUGAUACAGGAAAUAUAGUGCGAAAUGUAACAACUACCUUCGUUUUUGCUGCAUUGAGAGUUUCUACAGUACCAAGUUAGAAAUCGCUACACCUGACGUCGCAGUGUAAUAAGUGCCUUACACGCUGAAGUAGGUACUUAUACGGCCUUCGGCGUAUCUAAUAUUCAAACCCCCUUAUUUACUAAAGUUGACAUGCCAUCAUACCAUACGUUGGAAAGGGACAAAUGAUUCAUUAUUAGCGGCUUAAUAACAUUUAGUAAACGUUUAUUUCACGCAACAACACUUGUGAGAAUAUGACAUUCACACAACACGGGUUUUGAUAGAAGCAUCAGAAGCGCUGGCAGAGCCGCCGGCACUCGGCGCCGGUUUAUAAAGGUUCGCAUUGCACACAGUAAAAUAAUUAACAGUGGCAUUUUAUUCCGCCAGGCGGCGCCUGUGCAAGUGCAAAGGCAUAGGCAUGUCACUGUUAUUCAUAUGUAAGAGAGAAAAAAAUAUAAUCUCGCUCUCACAUAUGAAAUUCUUUAUCUGUGCAAUGGACUGAUAAGGUGGCGCCAUCUGUCAUAACAUAAACAUUUGAGUGUGCCUACAUAUUUAAUGUAGCUAUAAGUGUAGAUACUUAUACUUACAUAAUAUUGGUAUCUAAAGGGGGUUCUGCAGUGACAAAUUGACAAUUCUACGUCGAUAGGUGUGGGGAGACACUUAAAGCCUCCGCCACACAUAAAGCGUUUUGAUAGCGUAGCGCAAUGAUAGCGGUGCGCCGGACGUACGCUGGCGUUCCGCACGCAAUCCGCGCGCAUUCCGCUCGCAAUCUGCGCUCGUUAGUUCCCAUCGGCGUCCGCUGCGCGCAAGUCGCGCAACGCCAGCGUUCAUCCGGCGCACCGCUGUCAAUGCGCUCCGCUGACGCUCCGCCUACGCUCUCAAAACGCGCAUGUGUGGCCGAGCUUUAAGAGUUCGUCGCUAGUGAUUAGUUAAGUAGGGAUGUACCGACUAGUCGGGAAAGCCGACUAUACGGCCAUAUAUGUAGUCGGCGAUUAGUCGGC